UAAAGCUGAGCAUCACAGUGAGUUUCAGUGCAUUCAGCGUCUGAUCAAAGAGAGGGAAGAAGAAAUGUCCUGCCUGAAGAAUUUCAGUCUCCUCAUCUCAUGUGUGCUCCUCUCCAUCAUCCAGCCAGGUCGUGGGUCUGAGAUUAUUAAUGGGAAGGAAGUCAGGCCACACUCACUGCCUUACAUGGCUUAUGUGAGAAGUGUGGCUAAUUAUAUGUGUGGAGGGACAUUAAUCCAUCCACAGUGGGUGCUGACAGCUGCCCACUGCACUGGGAGUUACUGGGUGACGCUGGGAGCCCACUCCAGAACGAAAAACGAACAUUCCAAGCAACUCCGAGUCGUCGAGAAAAGUUUUCCUCAUCCUGACUACUGUUGUGCAAAGCACGACAAUGACCUCAUGUUGCUGAAGCUUAAAGAACCGGUGAGGAAAACCAGGGAAGUGCAGUGGCUCGAGGUUGGCAACACUGUGAGAGACCCGGCAGCUGGCAGCACGUGUCUGGUGGCCGGAUGGGGAGUAACUGAAAACAACCAAACAUCAGACGUCCUCAUGUCUGUCAAUGUGACUGUGGUCGGCAGGCAGAAGUGCAACUCUGGUGAUUAUUACAACCACGACCCUGUUAUCACUGAUGACAUGAUAUGUGCUGGUUCAGAUGGUACAAACGUCGCUGAUACCUGUCAGGGGGAUUCAGGAGGCCCGCUGUUGUGCGAUGGAGCGCUGGUUGGAGUCACUUCUUUUGGACGGGGUUGUGGUAUCAUUAAAAAACCUGGAGUCUACUCGUUUGUCUCAGGGAGACAGCUGUACUGGAUCAAAACCACGAUGAAGUUAUUCUAAAUGUCUUGAAACCACAGCAUGAUUUGAUGUUACAUCUGUCAGUGUUGUCUCUGUAGACCAUUAUUCAGUUUAUCAUUUCAUUGUUCCUCUUACAGUUUAUGAUAAUUUAGUUUCUGCCAGCUUAAUAUACUUUUUUUUUUAUAGAUUCUGCACUUGGUUAGUCCACUGCAUGAUCUUAUGGCAGAUAAGUUGGACUGACCUCCCUCCACAUUUUAGUCCUACUGUAAAAAUAAAUUGGAAACACUGUUUGAAA